AUGUCGACGCCGACAGCUGACCCCAACGCAGUUUUGUUCGGCGCUGCGCAGAACGUCAGCCGUCGGGUCCUUACAGUUAUAUGCUGGAGCAACGUUUCAACCUCGAUCGCCUUCCUCUUGUUACGUUUAUUCCUACGCUGGCGUCGCAAUCACUGCUUUCUUCGUGACGACUACUGGAUGAUUCUCGGCUGGUUAUGUAUUCUGACGAUGGCCAUCCUGCAGAUGGAGCAGAACAGCCCGUUGUAUUACAUUGUUCAUCUACAAGCGGGACGCUUCAUUCCCACCUCCGAGGAGGAGAAGAAACAGCAGGUGGAGCAGUACCUACGUUGGUCGUAUGCAUUGAACUUCAUUUUCUGGACGGGAUUAUGGGCAGUGAAAGCAAGCAUCUUGAACAUCUUCUUCCAUCUUGUCAGCCCAGUUCUGUUGCUUCGAAAACUGUGGUAUUGGGUCGCUAUUUUCACUUUCCUUGCCUACAUUGGGGGAUGGGUGGCUGGCUCACUCAUAUGCGACCACUUUACUGAUCUCUUUGUUGCAGGCAAAUGCACUUCGCCACAAGAAUUUUGGCUUGCUCGCUUCAGCGUUUUCUACGCAACCGCCGCCGACAUCACAACUGACUUGUUGAUCAUGAGUCUUCCCAUCACGAUGCUGCCUUCGCUACAACUCGACAUCAAAAAGAAGAUUGGUCUCGGCGUGGCUUUUAGCCUUGCGUUGGUCACAAUUCUCACCUCUAUUAUCCGAAUGACACAGGUUCUGAAGGGUGAUACAUUGGACAUGGUCGGGCUGGCCACUUGGAGCAUAACCGAGCUUGGUGUCGCCAUCAUUGUGGGAUCACUGCCGCCCUUGAAAGUCCUUCUUGCCAGCGGCUUCAAAAAAUACAACAGGAGCAGGAAAAAUCACCAAAAGCCUUACAUUAAAGACAAUGGCAAUAGUUAUCGCCCUGAUACGACGACUCGUUCUGUCAUGGUCGCCGAAUCCAUUCCGUUGGACAAUAGGCACAGAAGUGAGCAACUCGAGGGAGGUAUAUACGUUCUUAAAACAUGCGAUGUGCAUUUUGAGGGCGAAGACAGGGCAAGAAAUGAAGGAGAAGACGUAAUUAUGACAAAGGACCCUCCUACAGACAAGGCCUGA